AUGUCAUCGUACAUAGCAAUUCCACCACCAACGGCGCAAACCAUACUUGCGCUAUCGAUCUCAUACACUUAUGCUUCAGUACUUUUUUUAUCGGUUGAAAUCUAUAAGCGAAUGUCCGGCAUCCCAGUUGAAAUCUCUCGAAAGAUUGUGCACGUUGGAGCAGGAACAUAUGCGUUCGUGACAUUAUAUUUGUUUGAUCAAUGGGAGUAUGUGUGUCUUUUGUUUACGUCAUUUAUCCUGGUAAACGCGAUUCUUUUGAAGAUUCGACUGUUCAAGGCUAUAGAUCCUCAACAAGGUGCGACCGGGGGAACUGUCUACUUUGCAUUCUCGUGCGCAUUUCUGAUUUAUUGGUUUAGCGAUGGGUGGGAAGAUGGAUUUCCUCGAGGAAGGGCUUACAUCGCGAUAGCUGGACUGAUGGCCAUGACAUAUGGUGACGCCUUUGCUGCUAUCAUUGGACGUUUGUACGGUCAUCGUAAAUUGUCUUUCAUCCCCGACCGCACCAUUGAAGGCAUUCAAGCAAACUUCCUUUUCACCUUUUUUUCGAUAUUCUUGGUUUGGAAUAUCAUGUCCCCUCCUGGUCUGGAUAUAUGGAAUAUCAUCGCUGGGGCAGGUGUUGGUGCGGUCGUUUCGGCAAUCUUGGAGACGAUUAGUCUAUGGGGAACAGAUAACUUGACCGUGCCUAUUGGUGUUAGCUUUUGUUUGGACUUAUUGGGAUUUUAG